UUCAAAGUUCCUUCCGCGGAUCGGUGUGUAUUGGAUUGUAUGUGGAUGGGUGUCGUAAACACGUUUUUCUUUCAUUAAAAUUUUUUAUUGUUUUACUAAAUUGUUGAAAUUCUCGUUGUGAGGGAGAUGUUCUUGUGAAAAUUGAUAAAAUAAAAUAAAACUGUUAAAUGUGACUGCCAGUGUCUUUCUGUGCAUUAAGAAUAAUUAUUUUCGAUUCAAUUAGAAGUCGAUUGUGGGAAAUAUGAAUGUGUAAUUGAUGCAAAAAAAAAGUGGAUAAAAAUAUUCUUUUACAUCAAUGAUAAUGCAGUGUGACGAUGAAUAAAGAAAAAUGUUUUGGUUAAUGUGUUGUGUACGUCGAGAUAAAUCCAAUUAGAAAAUUACAAAAUAAAUUUCGUUUUUAAUGUGUCUUAACGAAACGACGAAAAUAGUGACGGUCGAUUGACCAUUGAAUGUAUUAUUAAAUCGACUAAAUGUAAAUGAGUUUGGUGCAUCCGUUCGGGUUAAUAAGUGGAUAUAUCGAAGAAGUGGAUAACGCAAAGAGGUCGAACCAAUUCAAACAGUUAGUCCAAUAAAAUGACCGUGUCAUAUGCUGGAGAAGUUCCGAAUGGAAGCAGUUUUGGAUGUUUCUGGAAAAUUUUAUUCAAAUGGCGUGGCAGUGUGUACAAAUUAGUUUGGCGUGAGCUGUUAGCGUAUUUAGCAUUGUACUAUUCAAUUAAUUUAUUAUAUAGAUAUGGACUGAACGAUGAUCAAAAAAGAGAUUUUCAAAAAGUUAAGGUCUACUUCUAUACUAAUUUCGGGAUCUUCGAAAAAUUGCGACAAUAUUUUGGAGCUCAAGGUGAAAGCAUACCAAUGUCCUUCGUGCUAGGAUUCUACGUAACAUUAGUGGUAAACCGAUGGUGGGCACAAUAUAAAUUACUACCAUGGCCGGACACACUGGCGCUCGUUAUCAGUGCGGCUAUAUCAACGUCAGCGAUUGACAAAAAAGAGCAGGGAAGGCUGAUGAGAAGGAACAUCAUGCGUUACAUGGUAUUAUCUUUCGUUAUCACCUUGAUGCGAAUAUCAUUGCGGGUGAAAAAACGGUUUCCGUCGUGGCAGCAUUUAGUUGAUUCAGGUUUAAUGCUCGAAAGUGAAAAAAAGAUUUUCGAAAUCAUGGACCAAAAAAGCCCAAUGUCCAAGUACUGGAUGCCACUGGUGUGGGCAACGAACAUCAUCAACACAGCUCGGAAACAGGAACUGAUAACGUCCGAUCAUAUCGUGCAAACACUGCUGGUCGAACUAUCAGACAUUCGACGACGAUUAGGUGCUUUGAUUGGCUACGAUACCGUUUGCGUGCCACUCGUCUACACUCAGGUUGUUACGCUAGUCUUAUACACAUACUUCAUUGCGGCACUGCUCGGCCGCCAAAUGAUACCGACAGUUGACUUACCAACGGGCACAAAAUAUGAAGAUCCGGAUUUGUAUUUUCCAUUAUUCACAGCGCUACAGUUCGUUUUCUACGUCGGCUGGUUGAAAGUAGCUGAAGUGCUCAUAAAUCCAUUCGGAGAGGACGACGACGACAUUGAAUUGAACUGGUUAAUCGACAGACAUAUCAAGGCGUCGUACAUGAUUGUGGACGAAAUGCACGAGGAGCAUCCGGAGCUUCUACGCGAUCAGUAUUGGGACGAAAUAGUGCCCAAAGAGCUGCCGUACACUGUUGGUUCCGAACAUUAUCGCAAACAUGAACCGAAAGGAUCAGCCGAACACUACAAAGUGAAGCAAAACGAUGCACUCUAUGCCAAUAUUUCGACAGCGAAGGGUGGUGAGGACGUGUAUGCAGACUAUGAAAGUGUCGAUACUCCAAUGGUGGAGCGUAGAAAGAAUUGGUUCAGUCGACAAAUAUCUCGCAUGGGUUCAGUGCGGAGCUCGUCGACAGCCUAUUCGUCCGGUGGCGUAUUCAAGCGAAACCGUAACAACUCGGUUUAUGCUAAUCCCGAGGCGGUCUUACCAGGACAGACUACUCAACCGCCUGCGCAUAAAAUGAGUUUGUACGAGAAAUUUGUGAGUCGGAAAUCGGAUCGACAACAGCGACAGUUUUUGAAGCAAAAUUCCAAAUUAAAUCUGAACGGAGCACUCUCGACAGCACCACAGAAAAACCGUCCCCGGAUCCCUACACCAGACGUUUCAAAUGACAAAGAGAAUCGAUUCAAUUUGAUGCCAACGCCAUCGUCCCAGUCCAGCAACAACCAGCAUUCCAUUUUGAAUAUAGCAGAAAGCGUUGCGCUUGCAACUCGAAAACUUGCCACCGAGCCGAGUGUCUAUCCAACACCGACGAAAGACGACACCCUUCCAAUAGCAACUCUCCAGCUCAGUCCCAUAAACGAAAUGGAUUCCGGUUCGGUGAACAAUACCCUUAACACCAACAGUCCCACCACAGCCGAACUCGCUCGCUCGGUGGUGAUACCAACGGUAACAUCUAGUGGCAGUUUUGCCGAAAUUACAAACACACCGUCCAUGAUGCGCGUCACUCUAUUCCCGAAAGUGACGAACGGCACAUCGCCCAGCCACGAAGUAUCCGUGUCCAUUCAAACGAUGCCGAUGAAUUCAUCGCCAACGACUCCAUCGAAUGUUAUCAUCACCGAAAUACCAUCCGACACAAUGGACGACGAAGUGGACGGGAUCAGGGGACGCCCACUUUCGCGGCAAAGCAGUUCAUUGUCGGCUGCACCGCACGUCGGUCGUAUGCGAACGAUAUCGGACGCAUCGAAUAAAUCGCCAGUGCCAGGACGGCAGAAUAAUUUAGGAAAUUCGUCGGCACCGUCGACUUUGAAGAAAAGCACACCGGAACAGAAAACCGGAGAGGUUUACGUUUGAGUCGAUGAUAUGUUGGUUGGAUAUGUCGGGCUGGAACGUUUUUUUUUUGUAAAUAAAGGAAAGAGUGGGAGAUGGGUUUCCAUUCGACCAGUUCUGUUACACCAACAGCCCUAACUGCAAUUCAAAGCAUAUUUGACUCAUAAAGAGUUUUAUGAUCUUCCGAUUCACCUUUUUUUAAGAAAUUCAAUUAAUUCCGCGAUGAUGAAUUUAAAACAACAAUUAUGUCGCUGUCGCCAGUAAGCCGGCUGAACCGGUCUGAAUUGGAAGCACUAAUUGCGCAUAAAUUUUGAUUUUUAAUUUUAUUUCUUGUGAUAAUACUUUUAGUUGUAACAACCGUAAAAGGGAAAUUCUAUUUUGUAAAAAGUUUCUGUUUGCCGCGACCGAGCGACCGUUUUUUUAUCUCUCCUUCUUAUUAUUGUGCUAAUGAAAAAUGUUAAGGAUUUUUAAUAGGCCAUAAUGUUAUAGAUGUUUACGUUUUAAGU